AUGGCUGGAUACGUGCAGGCGCAGGACCAAGUGCAGGCCAUGGUGGCCCAUGUCAAGACCUUGACUGUUGAGAAAUUGAAGAUACUGCUACGCACCGAAGGACUGCCAGUGUCGGGGGUGAAAAGCGAGCUGCAGAUCAGAGCAAUUGCGCAUAUCGAAAAGCUGCGCAAUGCGGGCGACCUGACGAACUUGAGUCGCCUGCGCGGCAAUAUGAGAGCACCCUCGUCCAUGUACAGUUCCAACACUUAUCCUUCACCAUACUCUACGCACACGCCGACCUCUUCAGCAUCGCCUCAGUUCUCCUCUCCCAACCCUCGUGCCCCGUAUACAAUGUCGCCAAACUCGCCCUAUGCGCCCGGUCGCAUCACAUUCAAGAGCUCGCCCUUCUACACCAUCGUCAAACCGCUCACCCAAACGCUCGAGUGCAAA